AUGGUCAUUUAUUCUAAAUAUCCUCACCGAGAAUAUCCUAACGAUACUAGUCUUUACAAUCUUAUUUUCAGCAAGGAUCGUACGGUAGUCCCUCAAGACAAGUUGAUCUAUACUGACAUUGAAAAUCCUGAAAGAUCUGUUACUUUUGCUCAAGCACACAUCCAAAUCCUUAAAACAGGUGCCAACUUGCAAAACAAAUUCGGUUUCCAAAAAGAUGAUGUAAUUGCCAUUUGUUCUCCAAACCAGGUCGCAUAUCCCAUCUUACUUUUGGGUGCUCAUACUAUAGGUGGUAUUUCUGCUGCUAUUGACCAUGCUUCUUCCCCUGAAAGAAUUGCUAGUGAUUUUGAUAUUGCCAGACCCAAGUUAGUCGUUGCACAUAUCGAUACAAUCGACAGUGUUCUUGCUGCUGCUAAAAUCUAUGGCCUUGAUGAAUCGCAUAUUUUGAUCUUUGGUGACACAGAUAUGAAAGGUGCUCGUACUGUCGAUGCCACUCUCUUAAGUGGCGAUGAACUAGCUACACCUUAUGAAUACACGCCUGAACAAAUUGGUAAUGACCCUGCCUACCUUUAUUUCACUUCUGGUACCACUGGUAGAAAGAAGGCUGUCAAAGUCACACAACGUAUGAUUAUUACCAGCUUAAUCUUGAUUGAGGAAUUCAGUCUACCUUCUGCCAACAUGUUGGCCUAUACUGAGUUCCAUCAUGCAAGUUCUCUCUUGACGGCUAUACACCAACCUCUUUACUGCGGUAUCACUGUCUAUGUCAUGCCUCAUUUCACAUUUAUUGGUAUCUGUGAAGCUAUUCAGAAAUAUAAGAUUGCCUUUAUGGUAGCUCAGCCCUACAUUGUCUCUUCGAUGGCCAAGGACAAAAUUGCAGCUGAAUACGAUUUCUCUUCACUCCAGUGUAUCAUGUGUUGUGGUGCCGCUCUUGAUCAGAAUAUUACUUUAACCGCUAAAGAACGACUCGGACUCAAUGUGAUUAAUGGGUUUGGUAUGACCGAACUCUUUGGUCUGUUCAGAACCACACCUGCUAUCACAUUGGCCAAUGGUCUCGGUUAUUUGGCUCCAGGCUACUCGGCUAAAUUGAUUAAUGAUGAAGGAAAUGAAGUUCCUAUUGGUCAAAUGGGUGAACUCUGUGUGAAGGGUCCUACCAUGACUACUGGCUACUAUCGUAACCCUGAAGCCACAGCUGCUUUGAUUGAUACGGAGGGUUAUUUACACACAGGUGAUCUUUUGAGGUGUGAUGAAGAAGGCAUGUUUUACUAUGUAGACCGUUCCAAGGAUUUAAUCAAGUACGGUCUUGAACACAUUUACCCUAGCGAUAUUGAAAACGUCUUGAUGACUCACCCUAAGGUCUCGGAUUGUGCUGUUAUUGGCUUUUAUUCUCAAGAAUUAACGACUGAAUUGCCUCGUGCUUAUGUACUUUUAGCGAGCCACGAAAAAUACAGUGAAGCGGUCGAACGUGAAUUAAAAGAGUAUGCUGAUAGUCGUCUGCCUGAUCGAAAGCGUUUAAGAGGUGGUUUAAUUAUUGUAAAAUCAUUCCCAAGAACUGCUUCCGGUAAAAUUCAACGCCGUUUACUUCGUCAACAAGCAAAUGAAGCUACCAAAGCUUAA